UUUAUAAACGGAACUCCGAGAAAAGAGGGAAGUUCAGUUUUGUUGACAUCGCGGGAUGAAAAGCUUGUCUUCUUCUCUGAAGACAUUUAAAAUAAGUGGACAUAGCUGACUUCAGCUCCGUGAAUAUUUCAGUUUGAUGUGCUGUACGUCUUGUUUACAUGAUCUCGCUUAGGUCCUAAGUUCAUUCACCUGGACAAGCAGCAAAAUGUCUCAGCUGCAGCCACUGAUCCAGCUCCAACAAACGGCAGAGCCUCUGCUGAACGUCCAGGAGAUGCAUUUCUGGCUGGACAAAGCAGUGGCUUGGGGCCAGGCUGACAGCCCAGACACGCAGAAAGACACCUGCCUGCACUUGAGCAGAAUGACAGAUUUCCUCCAGCAGCUCCUCAUACAUAUCAACAACAUGAGCUCUACAACAGUGACCAUGAAGAGGCUGCCCUUCCUAGGGCAGUAUCUUGGCCGACUAUGCUGGAACCCGUAUGUCACUGCUGAUGUAACAAGCAGAAGGCUGUUGUUCCAGUGUCUGUGGGGACUGUACUCAGAGCAUCCUGGCAAUGCAGUGGAAAGAAAAGCCAACCACUGGAUACGGAAAGUGUUGAGUCAGCUUGCUACAGAAGAAGACGAUGCUGCAGUGCAGGCAUUAAUGAAGCAUAUGGGUGUACCACCUAAAGAGUACCAUCUCAAAGUCCUGAGAAAGAUGGUGGCACAGCUGCAGAAAAACAUUGGGAAGAGCUGCAGUUCUCUAGGCUACAUAAAUCAGGGGUGUUCAUGUGACAGCAUUCUGGCCACAUCAGAGGCUUGUGUCCCCCUGGUCACUUGUCCUGAGGCUGCUCCUCUCAUUGGUGCACUGCUGCAGCAGCCAGUGACUUGUGUCAGGGCAGCACUCAGUGAAGACUUCCUGAAUGCUCUGAGCUCUGCCUACUCCAGCCAAUGCUUGUCAUUGGAGGAGCAGGCAGUAGUCUCUCUGUGGUAUCAUAACCUGUCCAGCCUGGAAGAAGCAGUGCUCAGUCUGCUGGAGUGUGUUCUCACCUACACAGGGUCAACACCACAGAAUCUAGACCAACUGGCACAGUCACUGCUGCCCAAAGCCUGUGCUCAGCACUGCUCCAUAUUCUUGGUUGUAAACGACAUCUUCAGGUCCAUCCUUAAGCAAGCUGAAGGGAAGGGGUCUGUUAAGUAUCUUAUCCAAACCUUUACCACCUGUUUCCUCAGGGAACUGGCACUGCUGCAGCAUCAGACGAGUGUAUCUUUUAAGGCCUUGUUCCCACAGUCACCUCAGAGUCUGCUGGUUCCUCUCUUGACCCUGCCAUCAGAGAUGCCUCAGGAGGCUUGGAGACCUCAUCUGAACUGGCUCAGUGGCUCAUUACAGAGACUGACAGAGGAGGGAGACGGAGACAGCAGAAGUAGCACCAGGGGGCACCACAAAGUGUUCGAGGCCUGGUUCCUGUUGGUCCAGUGUGCCCACUGGGUGCAGGUGGCUGUCCAGCUGCUGGUGACAUCAGGGCCUCAGGACUGCAGCCCCCUUCUUUGGCUGCUGACCUUCUACCACCACCCCACCAACAGGGGGCACCACAGAGCACUACAUGUGGUACAUGCCAAAGAAGCAUGGGACCACCUACACUCGCUUUUCUUGGUCUUAGCUCGUCCUCUUCCUGUUGACCGCCUGCAGUCACUGGUCACUCUGCUGUCUACACAACCUCAACAACCAUCACUGUCUCCAUUAUUGAUCCUCAACCUCUUGGUCAACUUUGCUGUUUUCUCCCAACAAUGGCUGAGUGGAUCAACAGAGAUUUUACAGACGGUGGUGGAUUGGUCCGGUCUGGUUGAUGAAGCAGCGUGUGUUCUCAGUUCACUCGAGCUCAGACUAAACGAAGGAAGUUGCUCAUCAAGCAACGCUAACAGAAUUCAUCUCAGGAUCAAGGCACUUCAAAACACACUAACACAUAUGCAUGCAGCAUCAAGCCCCCCCACACACACACAUUAAUGCACAUAACCACACAGCAGUGUGUGGGUUAGUGAGUUAAUCCUCAGCUCAAGGUUUUUCAAACACAUUCUUGUGUAGAUGUGCUGCGGUACAAUGACAGUGUGUCAAAACAGCACGGGGAGGACAGAUUCUGUAGAGAGGCUACAAUUAUACGCACACAUAACACGACUAUAAGGCCCACAAGGACGCUUGAGCAGUGACAGAUCACACUGCAAAGAAGCAGCAGCUCGUACAAUGUGUCAGAGUCCUCCCACUCAUAGAAUUGUCUCAUAAUAUAAAUCCUUCACGCUACACAUGCUGACUGAAAGAUAUUUAGGUUUGGAGGACAGCAAAACCAAAGGGCAGUUAUCUUUGUAUAGUUACUAUUUGUGCUGAAAUACGUUUUAUAUGAAAAAAUCAAUAAAAAUGUAAAUAAUGAA